UACUCUCUCCUAGUCACAAUAUUGAUUAUAUGCAUUUUGUGCCCAUCGAAAGUAUUGGAGACAGUUAUGAAUCGAAGUUAUGGAUGGCCAAGAAUAUUCAACAAGUGUGGGAGGACAAUAUGAUUCUGAGCCCGACGAACAUGACGACACUUUAUCUUCACAUCAGGAAGUUUAUGAUGACGUCGUUGAAAGGCUUGGACGUUCAAUGGCUGCUAAAUUUGUCUCUAGAAUCCACAGAUAUGUGUCUCGUGUCAUUGUGCCGCGUGGAACUGACGGAGUUGAAAACUGUUUGCGAGAACUGGAAUCGCUUAUUGACAGAUACCCCCCGCGACACUUCUACAUUGUUGCAGCCCACGGAGACCACGUCCACAUUUCUCACAUAUGCGGGUACAGCGGACAAACUUGUCGGUGCCCCUUCAUCCUUCGAAGCUCAUUUUGGUGCAAAGACGGAAGACGUGGACUUCGUAGGAUUACUAGAGCAGACGACAUGCAACCAAGAGAUUACGUCAACAUACUGCGAUACUUAUCUUCGGGCGGCAGACGCAUCCAUAUCGUUGGAGGGUUCCGAGAAGAUGUCGGACUAUUUAAUCGAUAUCAACAUUUAUAAGCGCAAAGAUAUAUGGGACAAGCCGAAGGGGGAUUAUUGGCGUGGAGCUACAGCGAGGUGUCGUGGGACGUUCCCUGCCAAUCACCAGGCCGUGACGUAUGCAUCGAAAAUAGUAACACUGUUGGGUCAGAAAAUGAUGCCGAUGAAAAAGGUAAAAAAGAUACGCAAAACCCCGGGCUUCAAUCGGUAAAUGGUCCUCUCACUAUACC